GCGGCCCGCCAUUAGAUGCGCGCGCCGCUCGUGACACGCAGGCGGUGGCCCUGGACGCACGCACAGCAGCAGAGGACGUGCCUUUCAACACGUGCCGAAUGGCGGCGUGCGAUUGUUUUGCUCUGUGCUUGGCGUGGCCGGCGCGUCGGGGCGCGCACGUCGGCGCUGCCCCUCCUCCUCGCCGCUCGGCAGCACAAUCCAGCAGAUCGACUGCUUAUCGCCGUCUCGUCGGCGAACUCGUGUGCUGGUGUGCCUGCGUCGUGUGUGUGCGGACAUCGCUCGCAGCUGCACGCUGUCGAUGAUCCCGCGAUCUCAUCGUCGCCGGUGCCGCAAGCGCACUUGCCAGCGAGCUGCGCCGCUCCAAGCCACGCCGUCCCGAGUGGCGCGUGCUGGGGUCAACGGCAUCGGCGCGACGUCAGAAUCACCAUGACAUCCGUGCGAGGCCAAGUCGUCCAGCUGUACAAAAAUGUACUGGUGCCAUGCCUGUCAUUGCAGAGCAUGAGCACAGCGGUGCGCACCGAGACCCUUAAUCAGAACAUGCAGCUGCGGCUGUCGGACAAGCCCCCUCCCACGGCUGGAGCGCCCCUCGUUGGGGGUGGUGGAGGUGGCCAAGGCGUGGUAUGCCCUGUGCUCACCUCCUCAUCAGCACGGCCAGACGAGGUGAUGGGUCACCGGGGGGUGAGCAGCAGCAGCAGCAACAGCGCGCUGCGCGAGAACCCAUUGACUGUGUUGCUGGCCUGGAUGAACGCAAAGGACAGUCACCUGCAGCACUACCACGACUUCUACCUCCAGCUGGGCUUCGAUGUCCUCACGGUGCGCACACUGCCACUGCAGCUGGCAUUCCCCACAUCCGGGGCACAGGUGGUGGCCAAGCGGCUGCUAGACUUUCUAGUGAACCACCCCAACUACAGCCGUCUGGUGGUGCAUGGUUUCAGUGUGGGUGGCUACCAGUUUGGCGAGGUGCUGGUCAAGAUACGCAAGGCAGGAGGCGAUUACAAUGGGGUGGUGCCCCGUUUCAAGGCACAGGUUUACGACAGCCUGGUGGACUACGAGGGCAUCCCCAAGGGCUUCCCAACGGCACUCACCCGGAACCAGGUGCUGCGCAAGGUGCUGGAGCUGAUGAUCCGCCUGCAGCGGUUCGUGCUCUAUCCUGUGUCCACGGUGCACUGGAAGGCAUCGUCGCGCGCCUUUCACGAGAACCUGCUCACCUGCCCGGCGCUGAUGAUCAACUCGAAGCGUGACCAGGUGGCCUCCAUUGAGGACAAUCUGCGGGUGGCCAACCAGUGGCGCCAGAGGGGCACGGACGUCACCUUCUGCACGUUUGACGACUCCAAGCACGUGCAGCACAUGGGCCGCUACCCGGACCUGUAUUGCAGCGAGGUGCUGCGCCUGCUUCGCAAAGCCCAGCUGAUAGCCUGAGUGUGAAAUAAAACGUUUUUGUUUCUUCGAU